CGAUCAGGCGUCGAAGCAGCAGUCUCUUAUUGCCAAAAUCUUCAUCAACAGCACAGCAAACAGGCAACGGGGCAUUGGUAUCGGAUGUAACGUCACUAGGCAGAGGGCCCUGUAGAGGUUAAAGUGCAUUGGUUAGAAAACUCCACUGUCCAAGCAUGAAGGUCCUGAACAGAGAGGAGCUGCAGAUCGCUGAAGGAGUUCUGCUCAAACACUUUCCGAAGAGUUAUAAGGUGUACGGUUUUCUGUACGGUAUCAACAGGAACAAACCGACUACACUGCAAGUUGUCGUUGAUGCAUGGCCGGAUUUUAAAGUCAUCAUCUGCAGACCGGACCCCGAGAACAAACGUGCCCUGAAUUUCAUGAAAAAGGUGACACACUACAGCACGGAUGAAGAGACUGUAAAGAAAAUGCUGACAGAGGAGAAUACAGUUGAUUGGAGCAGGUAUUUUGUAAUAGGAGGAGUUGAUUUUUCCUGUGCACCAAUGCUCAAACAAGUGUCUUCUGACAGAAGAGUUAACCACAAAGUCAGCAUUUUAGUGCAUCUUCUGUAUUUGCCAGACACCAACCAUCUCCACAUGCCGGUGGUUGACAGUGAGCUUGAAUCAAGGAUUUCAUCUCUUAAUCUUUCCCAUGUUGACUUGGUGAAUAAAACCUGGAAGUUUGGAGGAGAUGAGGAGGCUUACAGGAGGCUUAAAAACCUCAUCAGUAACUUCCCAUCAUGCUGCAUCACAGACAGCCAGGGUCAGCCUGUGUCCUGGAUUCUGGUAUAUGAUUACUGUGCCAUGGGAAUAUUGUAUACUCUGCCAGAGCACAGAGGGAAAGGUUAUGCCAAAAUCAUCAUCAGCACCUUAUCCAAGAAACUCCAUGCCGAGGGCUACCCGGUGUACUGCUUCAUAGAGGAGGACAAUGUGCUGUCCUACAAACUCUUUACAAAGAUGGGCUUCACCGAGGAUCCCUCUUACAGGGCUGCUUGGUUUGAAGUCAACUGUUGAGUUAGAUUAAACAAAAUUCAAUUCAAUUCAAUUUCAAUUCAAUUCAAUUUUAUCUAUAUAGCGCCAAAUCACAACAAACUGUCGCCUCAAGG